AUAAAAUAAAAAGAAACAGAGUAUCCGAAAAUGAUGUUUUAGGCACUCUGCCCAAAGUUUCUUCUUCUUCCUCUUCCUCUGUUAUAUCUCUUUCUCGUGACCCCCAAUGUAAAUUCCUCACACGAAUUCAACUCCCAUUUUAUAAAGCUGCUAACUUUUUCUUCAUUCCUCCUCCUCUCUUCUUCUGCUCCAAAAAGAUCAAAACUUUCUUCCAUUUUCAAAAGACCCUUUGACGCUUAAAUCAAGAAAUUGAGUUUUCUGAGUAAAAUGGGAUUAGAGGAUAGAUUCGAGGCGGUGAAUCAGUACCGGAAAAAGAUGUUCAGGAAGGUGAAGGCUGCGGUGAAGAAGACGAAGAAGAAGAAGCAAACUAUGUUUCAGUAUGAUCCUUGGAGUUACGCUCUAAAUUUCGACGACGGAGGAUUAGAGAAUCCUCAGAGAUUCUCCGGCGACUGUAACUGUAAACUCCACAAAAUCACUUUGAUUUAUGUUGUUUCUGUCAAAUUUUGACCAUGUCAAAUCUCUUUCUUUCUCUUAUUUGUUUACAGUUUUGAAGCACUCACACUUGUUUCAGUUUCUCUCCCUCUCUCUCCCUCUUCUUUGUGUCAUUUUCCAUCAAAUUUGUUGUUUCUUUCUUUUGUCAGUUAGAGAUUUUUUCGUCAAAACUUGAAUCUUCUGUUUCAAUGUACUUCAAAUGGUUGAAAGAAUGAAAGCAAUUAUCUUGACAAGUCAAUGAUCAUUCUAAUU